AUGGAAUCUGAAACGCCGGAGUCGAAAGGAUGGUGGUGGUGGCUUCUAGUGCUGGUAAUUGCAGCUCUUGUCCUCUGUGCAUCUUCAAUCAGUCUCUGGAAGAAUUUUCAUCAAUUGGAGAUUUUUCAGCGUGCUCCAAAGCAUUCGCGGGCUAUAGUUGAUAAGUAUGCUAAUGCUCUCAGCGUCUCUGUGCAAUUCUUUGAUGUUCAGAAAGCUGGUAAGUUGGUGAAUAAUAAGAUUUCUUGGAGGGGAGAUUCUGCUUUGGAAGAUGGAAAAGAAGAAAAUAUGGAUCUGACAAAAGGAAUGUAUGAUGCUGGGGAUUUAAUGAAGUUUGGAUUUCCCAUGGCAUUCACUGCAACAAUUUUGUCAUGGGCCAUACUCGAGUAUGGAGACAAUAUGAAACAAGCGAAGGAACUGGAUCACAUCCAAGAUUCUUUAAAAUGGAUCACUGAUUAUCUCAUUAAUUCCCACCCAUCUGGCAAUGUGCUCUACAUUCAGGUUGGUGACCCUGAGUUGGAUCAUAAAUGCUGGGAAAGACCUGAAGUGAUGACAGAAAGAAGACCUCUAACACAAGUGAAUACAUCUUAUCCUGGAACAGAUGUCGCAGCAGAAACUGCAGCGGCUAUGGCAUCUGCAUCUUUGGUGUUCCAGAAAAAGAACUCUGCAUACUCCAAGUUGCUUCUGGAGCACGCCGAGCAAUUAUUUAAUUUUGCAGAUACUUACAGGGGUACUUAUAGUUUCAAUAUCCCAGGAGCGCAGAAGUAUUACAACUCUACAGGAUAUGGUGAUGAACUCUUGUGGGCGGCUGCUUGGCUUUACCAUGCUACAGGAGACCACUCAUAUCUUACAUAUGUGACUGUGAAAAAUGGGAAUUCGUUUGCUAAUUGGGGAAUGCCGACAUGGUUUUGCUGGGACAACAAACUGGCUGGCACACAGGUUUUACUAUCCAGAGUAAGUUUCUUUGGUUCAAAAGAUAUCCUAGGUGCAGAAAAUAUUGCCCUCCAGCUGUAUAGAAAGACUGCUGAGGCUGUUCUGUGUGGGCUUUUACCAAAUUCCAGAACACCUACAUCUCAAAGAACAGAUGGUGGCCUCAUAUGGGUGUCAGAGUGGAAUGUACUGCAAUAUUCCGUUGCCUCUGCAUUUCUGACACUCGUUUAUAGUGAUUACAUGCUAACAUCUCAGACACAAACCCUGUACUGUAAUGGGGAGCUUUAUCAACCAAGUGACCUACGCAAGUUUGCUCUUUCACAGGCGGAUUACGUCUUAGGGAGCAAUCCGAUGAAGAUGAGCUACCUUGUUGGUUAUGGAAGCAACUACCCUCAAUUUGUACAUCACAGAGGUGCUUCAAUUCCGAGAGAUGCAAACACAGGCUGCUCCGAUGGGUUUAAAUGGCUUAAUUCGACAGACCCCAAUCCAAAUUUGGCAAUUGGAGCACUUGUAGGCGGACCAUUCCUAAAUGACACCUACUCAGACUCCCGGAACAACUCUCAGCAAGGUGAACCAACCACUUACAACAGUGCUUUGAUUGUUGGCCUUCUUUCGGGACUCAUCACCACUUCUAAUCAAAAGGAGAUGGAGAGAAGCCAGUCCUGUAUGGAUGUCUUGCAAGAGAAGGAUGCAAAGAAGGAAUUAGGUGUCCUAUGGCGUAGAGUUAAAACUGCUGCGACAUUAUUGACAUACUUGAAAUCGAAAGCCAGAAUCAUGGCUGUUCCCCAUAUGGCUCAUAUUGUUUGUGGUAUCGAAGAACUAGAUGGCACAAGCCUUGUAGAUGAAAAUGAUGUACCAUUGCCUGUCUUGUCGAGAAAUAUAGAUCUGUCUUCCUUUGACAGUCCCGAUGAGGAAACAUGGACUGCACUUAGCAGUCAUCAUGGUUCACUUGAUGAAGAUGAUGUAGUUUAUAUAAAUGAAUUAUUCAGAAGUGUACAUAUGGUUGGAGAUGUGAUGGAAAACCUUGUCAAGAGGGUUAUAGUCGCAGAAUCUGAAGCUGCUAAUGAGAAGGAGAAGGUGACUGUAGGGCAGGAAGAAAUUAAAAGAAAGACCCUCCAAGUUGAAAAUAUGUCUUUAAAAUUGCAGGAGAUGGAGCAGUUGGCACUAGGCACUAAUUGUAUUCUAAAUGAAAUGCGACAGAGGGUUGAAGAUUUGGUUGAAGAAACGUCUAGACAAAGGGAAAGAGCUGCAGAAAAUGAACAGGAGCUCUGUCGCGUUAAGCAAGACUUCGAAUCUCUAAAAACCUAUGUCAGUAGUCUGCUUAAUGUAAGGGAAACACUUCUUUCAUCAGAAAAGCAAUUUCAGACUAUUGAGAAGCUCUUUGAAAGACUUGUCGUUAAGACAUCACAAUUGGAAAGUGAAAAGAUACAGAAGGAAGUUGAGGUCCAGAAACUUAUGGAGGAGAACGUUAGGCUCACUACUCUUCUUGACAAGAAAGAGGCUCAACUCGUGGCCAUGAAUGAACAGUGCAAGGUUAUGGCAUUGAAUGCUUCCAACAUCUAG